AUGUGCGGAGCUGAGGGCCCCGCCAGGGAAAACGUGCGCGUGGGGAUGCUUCUGAGCGAUAAUGUAGGCAGCGAUGGGCAGAUCUGUCGCGGUGUAAUGCUGACGGGGAACGAACCCCUGACCAUCCUCCCUCUGACCUCGGAAAUGGAGGAGGCGGCUGUCAAGGCCCACUACAAGGUGUGUGACCGCCUGAAGCUGGAGAAGAAGCAGCGCCGGAUGUGCCGGCGCGACCCCGGCGUGGCCGAGACGCUGAUGGAGGCCAUCAGCAUGAGCGCCCUGGAGUGCCAGUACCAGUUCCGCUUCGAGCGCUGGAACUGCACCCUCGAGGGCCGCUACCGCGCCAGCCUCCUCAAGAGAGGUUUUAAGGAGACAGCCUUCCUGUACGCCAUCUCCUCGGCGGGGCUGACCCACGCCAUGGCCAAGGCGUGCAGCGCGGGGCGCAUGGAGCGCUGCACCUGCGACGAGGCCCCCGACCUGGAGAACAGGGAGGCCUGGCAGUGGGGAGGCUGUGGGGACAACCUCAAGUACAGCAACAAGUUCGUCAAGGAGUUCCUGGGGAGGAAGCCCAACAAGGACCUGCGAGCCAGGGUGGACUUCCACAACAACCUGGUGGGCAUGAAGGUCAUCAAAGCUGGCGUGGAGACCACCUGCAAAUGCCACGGCGUGUCGGGAUCCUGCACCGUCCGAACGUGCUGGAGGCAGCUCUCCCCCUUCCACGAGAUCGGGAAGCAGCUGAAGCAGAAGUACGAGACCUCGCUCAAGGUGGGCAGCACCACCAAUGAGGCCACGGGGGAAGGCGACAUUUCCCCCCCUAAAAAAUCCAUCCCUGGCCACAGCGAUCAAAUCCCAAGGACUACAGAUCUCGUCUACAUUGACGACUCCCCCAGCUUCUGCCUGAUGAGUCGGUAUUCCCCUGGGACCUCGGGACGGAAGUGUUACAAGGACAAGAACUGCGACAGCAUCUGCUGUGGCCGGGGGCACAACACGCAGAGCCGGGUGGUGACGCGCCCGUGCCAGUGCCAGGUGCGUUGGUGCUGCUACGUGGAGUGCAAGCAGUGCACCCAGAGAGAGGAGGUUUACACCUGCAAGGACUGACACAACCUGCGGCUUCUGCUGCACGGCCACCCCCGGGGAUGGGCCAGCUUGGAGAACUGCCUAUGGAGACAAACAGGGUUUGAUUGACCUUCUGGGAUCUGGAAGCUAUGUUGAGACAUAAGCACUUUGUAGGGUACAGGUGACCCAGCUGUGUUGCUGUUUUGUUUUGGGGUUUUUUGGUUUUUGGGGUUUUUUUUGUUUUGUUUUGUUUUUGUUUUGUUUUUCCUGUAGACUGAAUUUUCACGAGGUCCAACCAUGUGGAAAUAAGUGCCUGUCACACUGGGGUUAGACACCAGUUGACCUUCACCAUCUACACAGUUUGACGGAUCAUUUAUCCUUGGAACAUUGUUUCAGCCAUCCUCCAUGAACCCCUGGGCUAAGAUAUUCCCUUUGGCAUAAAUAUCCUGUACGUCUUUAUUCCUGGAGAUCACCCAACUGCUUAGAGAGCUGAGCAGAUAGAAAAGAUCUUUCCGCUUUGAGUGUGGUGAUGCAGGAAGCCGGCGUUUAUUUCUCCUAAAACUGGAGGGAUUUGUAGGGAAUGAUGGGUUCUUCCAGUGGGAUUUCUGCACAUGGAGCACACCAGGCUCUGACAAAGAGACCCACUGGGAGCAUCAGCUCUUUAAUGACAGCUCCGUAUCCACGUGCAUUGUCACCUACAGCUCAACAACGUUGGGUCCACCCAGCAGAAAGAAACAGACAGAAAUAGAUCCAAGAAAGAGGUUGGGAAGUCAGCAGAACACCAGACGUGCCUGUCCCUUCAGUCCAAUCCCACGUUCUUUAUUGGAAACAAUUCGCUCAAGUGCGGGUUCUUUAGCACUAUCGCUGUCUUAAAUUUAAUAUUGUUUUUUUUUUUUAAACCACUAGAUACUUUUGUUUCAUUUUCACUUCACGCAUGAUUUAUUUUGCUCUCCUCUUCCCGCCUCUUGCUGAUGGAGGUCAACCUGUGGUAACUGCUUCAGAAAUCCCAACUGGAACUUGUUGAGUCUUAUGCCAGCUGAAUUUGGACGUGUUUCUCUUGAGCAGGACGAGAGGAAUCCGAGCGCAUCUUGGAAACCGGGGCUGUCUUGCGUUGUGGAGCAGCCGUUUUUGGCCUGGAUCAGACCUCUGGAGGAGUUGACUUUUCUUUCCUAGGUCAUCAUUCCAUUUACUCUAAACCAUGGCAGUGGUACAUGACACAAGCUGUAUGUAAACCCUAUGACCUUAAGAUGAAUUUUUUCUUUUUUCUUUUUUUUUUUUUUAACCACUAGAUCGAGGACUGUAUUUUAAAAACACACCUGCUAAAUCCUACCAAAUGCAUGGAUUUGGAAUAACCAAUCGACACAGAGACAACCUGAAAAAGCCAGAAAUUUGACUGCAGGGGUUGAUCACUCCAACGCUGUGAAAUACAUGACAACCUCCAGCAUUUCUUUUUUGCUUAGAAGAGGAGAUUUAGGACUUGGCGUGCCAACAUUCUUCAUAUAAAAGUGGAUUGGAGGCAGCCAGAGAA